CUCGCACACAAGCUCUACUACAACCAAUCCCAAUUACUACGGCUCUUGGUUUUUGUCUUUUACUAGCACGAACCCGCUCUUACUACAACACAACAACUCUAUUUGCUUAAUUUCUUAAUCACUAACAACAAUGGCUCACACUGAGGUUUCCGCAAACCCUUCUUCUGCCGGUGUCACCCGUGCCACCAACCCCAAGCAGCGCGAUGCCGACGUCGACCAGAAGCUUCGUCUCUACGGUGUCCUCAAUGCUUUCACCAAUGGCAAGGUCCCAACGAACAAGCAGAUUGAUGUCGCCAUGAACUCUUUCAUCAACUCCGACAUGAUGCGCAACCCUUCAAAGGACUUGUCCAGCGAGGGUCGCCAUCUCGUACAAGACCUUCGCGACGUUGCCGAGCAGGCUAAGAUGCUCCUCCUCACAAAGAACUACGACGAGAACUUACAGAAGUUCCUGUGGCAUACGCGUGUUGCCUCUCCCGACUCCCAGAACGUCAACGCCCCUGUCUCGGCUGGCCAGGCUAAGGAGCACGGAAAGGCUACCCUUGAUGGUAUCCGGACGUUGGGUCGUUUGAUGAUUACCAAUGGCGAGUUCAGGAAGUUGUUGUCCGACGCUGUUGUUCUUCUCCGUGAUAUGGGUGCCGAUGCCGCGUCGAAGGCUGCUGAGAAGGUCCGUCCCGACCAGGAGCGUCUUGAAAAGAUUGAUGAGCCUGCGCCUGAGAAUCAGUGGCACGAUACCCCCGACGUCGGUGGUAUCAAGGAGAACCUCAAGUCCAAGGCUCGCGAUGUUAAGGAGACCGCCAAGUCCGAUGCCCAGGCUGCUAAGAACAACGCUGCUUCCUCCGCCAACCCCGAUGGUUCUACUUCCUUCAACCGCACUGCUGAGCACGCCAAUGCUGAGGCUCGCACUGGCGAGUCCCGCGGUGUUGAUGCUGCCGGCGGUGCUCAGGCUGGUGCCGACACCUUGAAGCAGCGUCACCCCGAGGCUCACCAGAAGGCUGUGGAGACCAAGGACAAGACCAUUGACUACCUUAAGGACAAGGUCCCCGAGGAGCGUCGUCAGCAGGUCGUCGACCGUCUCAAGAAGAUGGUCGUCGAGAUCCAGCAGCACGAGGACUACCAGGAGGCCAUUGACACCCUCCUCUCCAUCGCCGAGAACUACAAGGGUGUUACCAAGGAGGUCAAGAACCAGGCUGCUGGUGCCGCUAAGCAGACUGCUGACGAUGACCACGUUCAGCUCGCCAAGGAUGAGCUCAAGACCGUCAUUGAGCGUUUCGCCAACUCUACCUCUUUGGACGACGUCUUCGACUCCUUCAACGACCUCUACCUCGACGCCGACCGCGACCCCCAGAUGAAGAACUGGUGGAAGCGUCUUGACCGUUACAUCCGUCGCUGCUUGAAGGAGACCGGUUACAUCACCUCCGAGGCUGCUGACAACGAGUACCGCGAGAUCAAGGAGGAGGGUGACUAUCUCCGCAAGGACAAGUACUCCGAGCACUUCGACCGCGUCGGCACCGAGAUCUCCGACUUCGGUAAGCAGUUCGCUGAGGACCCCGACAACAAGCGUUUCGGCGAGACCGUCAAGCACUUGAUGGAGGACCUUGGUACUGACCGCAACGGCAAGUUCACCUUCAAGAAGCAUCUUCUUAAGGAUAUUACCAACGUCAUCAUCCCUGGUGCUUUCCGUCGUACCCGCUACGUUCCUGUUCCCAGGAUCGAGUACUCUGACCCCAUGGUCGAUGCCGUCAUUGAGAACUUGGUCUUGGAGUCUGAGAACUUGUUCCCCAACAUCCUCGAGAUCAAGGCUGACAACUACAUCCGUUACUCUGCCCGCAAGGCGAUUAACAAUGUUAACCACCACCGUGUCACCGUCCACAUGGAGCAGAUUCAGAUGGAUCUCCGCGAUGUUGCUUACUACAUCAAGAAGAAGUCUGGAUUCCCUUCUGUUCGCGACACUGGUGUUAUUGACAUCUUCCUCGGUGGUGAGGGUUUGAGCGCUACUGUCACAUUGGCCGAUGCUACCGCCCUCGACCGCACUUCCUUCUUCAAGGUCGAGCGUGUCGAUGUUAAGAUCAACAACUUGAAGCUCAAGUUGAAGAAGUCCAACCACAAGCUUCUCUUCAACUUGUUCAAGCCCAUGCUCAUGGGUAUCAUCAAGCCCGUCAUCCAGAAGGUUGCCGAGAAGAAAAUCGCUGAGCAGUUCGACACUCUUGACCACCUCUUGUACUCCGUCUACAAGGAGACCAAGCGUGAGCAGAACACCUACAUUGAUGACGAGGAGACCCCCAACACUACCAAGUUGUACAUCCAGACCCUCAUGAAGCGCAUCUCUGCCAACUCGAAGGAGAAGAAGGACAAGGCUGCCGAGACUGCGCAGGACAAGCACGCUGCCGUGACUGUUUCUAGGACUGGUGGUAUGUUCAAGAACGUUGUCUUGCCUUCUGGAUUCUCCAACCGUGCUGAGGAGUACAAGCGCAUGGGUCAGGAGGGCCGCGACUGGACUUCCCCCAUCUUCGACUUAGGCUCUGCUAAGCCUACUGACCACAUCCCCGAACCCAAAAAGAUCGUUAGUCGUUCCGACUACGGCCGUGCUACCAUGAACGAUGGUGGUAACAACAGCUCCUCUUCUCAGGGUCAGUACCAGCAGGGAUACAACACUGGACACAACCAGAACACCGUUUCUGGCGCUUAUGAGAUUACGCCUGGUCAUAUCAACCAUGCCACCACCACCACCGCUCCCGCCACUACCGCUAACUCUCAUCAGUACGUUUCUAACACUACUUCUGAGUUCGUGCUCGCCGAGCCGAUCAGAACUGGUGCUCCUUACUAAGUCUCCUCCUCUCUCGGGUUGCGAGUUUAAAUCAAGGGAAGAAAUGAUGAUGAGUUAGGUAUGAUAGACGGCAAACUGGGGGUCGUGAAAUUCGGCUGGGCUGAUGAAAUUGUGGGCGUUCAUGGUUAUUACUACUAUUGUCUUUUUGUUUUACUCUUUUACCUUUU